CAUAGACCCUCUCACUCUCAGCUAUAGUACUAGAGCUAAGAUGAGCCUAACAGAAGCGUCGAUAUGAAAGCGUCCACAGGUAUAUAGCGUGCCCUACGACAUGCAUUCCGGUUACGAAAUUCCAAGGUCAGUACUGCCACCAAAGAGACUUCGGCAUAUGAGUGAUUCCUCUGACCUUGGAUACAGUUCUGACACGGGAAGCUCUCUACCGAAGUGGCCCGACUUUAUCUCGAUCGAAGGCCACCUACACUGUCACGAAUCGGCGUUGUUCCCAGAAGAGGUUGGCAGCGCAAUAAUCCACGUAGAAGAAUGCAUUGAAGAUCUCCUCAAUCCACUCGAGUCGCCUUCCAUCGUGCCGUAUUCGGAGGGGAGUGUUUCACGCCGGGAGCCGGGCAUUGCCGACCUUUUCGAUGAGAAUCAUGUGCCGACUCUUCAGCCGACCACCCCGGACAAGCAUUCCUCGGCUUUCAGCAUCGUUCCGCGAACGCCCAGCCCUCAAAAUCACGAGAACAUUCCCUCUGCAGGUGGCAAUCCAUUAACCAUUGAUCGUGACCCCACUGGGAUAUCAGCAACCAAAGUUCUACGAAGGCUGGAUGAAAAUAUUGAAGCUGCAGAACCAGUAGCAGCACAUCAGCAACAGAAGGCUGCACCUUGCCACCAGCCACAGUUAUUAUCUCAUUCUUUGCAUGAACACAAGAGUGUACCUAUGCAGCAGCUUCCUAUACCAUCGUCUCUGCCAACAACAUUCCAAUCUCAGCCAACACCAUUAUCUUUCCUACCAACAAGCCCUCCAUCUCCGCUGCCUGACUCCCCAUCCCUGCCCUUCAUCUCCAAUUCUCAGCCCCCAGAAGCACCUGCACUGCCCAAUUCCCCAUCUCCCCGACUUUUCUCCCAGUCUCAACCACCACCAUCAUCUCUACUGCCCAUUUCCCCAUCUGUACCACGAAUCUCCCAAUCGCAACCCUCACUAUCAUCUUUGUUGUCUGCCUCCCCACCUGCACCCCGAAUCUCCCAAUCUCAACCCCCAGCAUCGUUGCUACAAUCUGCCUCCCCACCUGCACCCCGAAUCUCCCAAUCUCAACCCCCAGCAUCGUUGCUACAAUCUGCCUCCCCACCUGCACCCCAAAUCUCCCAAUCUCAACCCCCAGCAUCGUUGCUACAAUCUGCCUCCCCACCUGCACCCCGAAUCUCCCAAUCUCAACCCCCACCAUCGUCGCUACAAUCUGCCUCCCCAUCUCUUGCACGAUUCUCUCAAUCUCAACCCCCACCAUUCUCGUUACAAUCUGCCUCCAGUUCUGCACCACAAAUCUCUCAAUCUCAACCCCCACCAUCGUCGCUACAAUCUGCCUCCCCACGAGUCACGCAACCCGAACUGCUUCCGCAAUUGCCGGUUCUUGGCUCCCCGCCUCCGGCGACCGUCCCUGGCGGACGCCGGUCGCGUCGGCAGAUAUACCUCAGCAUGGAAGACGCGCUCAUCGACCAGUUUGGCUCGACGCUGUCGGGCGACGCCUUCCUCUUCUACGGACUGCAGGACGAUGACGACGUCGACUCGUCGCAGGAGGUGCCCAUGUGGGAGGAGGAGAGCGACGAGGCGCGCAGCAGCUCGGAGGAAAGCGAGGACGCGCGCGUGCCUGGGGGGUCGCGACCCGCCGGGUCGUGCGCGCGCGCGAAUUACGAGCACGUGGUUCCGGGAUGGGACAGAGAGGAGUGA